GGACGUGGGAAUAACCGGUAUGGUCUUAGACUAUAUUAGGCAAUAUUAUAUUUUUCAUAGAGGUAAUAAACACCUCAUAUAGUCAUUAAUCAUAUGCUUUGUAUAACUCCGCCGCUGUCCCAUAAUUAUCAUCUAUUAAAAAAAAAAUUUUCUUGAACGCGUAUAUAUAAAAAUACACGGUAUCACGGUAUCAUUAUGAUUUAAUAUCAAUCAUAUAUAAAUAACCAAAAAGAAUUUUUUUACUUCAGUACAAAAAAACUCUCUCUCUUCUAAUAACGCGACUUUAAUAUUCAAGAAAAAAAAAAAAAAAAAAAGUUUCAACUUACACAUAACUUUUAUACACAAAAAAAUCAUUACAAAAAUGCCUAAAGUAAAAAAAAGUAGCAGAAAGAAAAUGGGACCAUAUAAUAAAUUUAUGAAAUCUGAACUCGUUAAAGUAAAAGAAGAACAUCCAACUAUACUUCAUAAAGAUGCUUUUGUGAUGGUUGCUAAACGUUGGAAAGAUGCACCUGAAAACCCAAAGAAUCAACCAAAAAGUGAUGAUAAAAAGUAAGAUCAUCUAUGAUCAAAAUACUCUCAACGGAACGAACGACUGGAGACGAUGUUUGGAUUAUCAUCAUUUUGUGAACGUUAUGAAGGUUGAAUAUUUGAAUUAAAAAGAAAUUUCUUUACUUUUAUAUCAUGAUUUUUUUUUAGUGGGGUUUUCUUAUUACUUUGUAUUUUAAAUAUUUGGGUGAACUCUUUAUUCCUUUUGCAGAUUUAAAGAUUUUCUUUUUUUCUUUUACUGAUUCUCCUUUUAUUAUUCAUAGUUAUUUUCUCGUGAUUACAUUAUUAAAUUCACUUUUUAUAUUAAUCAUGUCGUAACAGAUAUAAUAAAUUUUUAAAUUUUUACGCGAGAAUUACUAUUAUCAAUCUAUCUAUUGAAGAUGUUAUUUUAAGCAUGUCAUUGUCUCUAAUGUUUCAACUAAAAUUUACACGCAUUUUCUUACUUUUAAACGAAUGUAUUUAUUAUAUUUCAAAUUAAAAAUCUCGUUGCU